GACAGUUUCAUAAUUUUUUCGUUAAAAUUAUUUAUAUCGAAAUGUGGAAAAAAUAUUGAAAAUAUUCAUUAAAUGUAUAAUACUAGUGAAAAAUAGAAGUAAAUAUAAUAUAAUAAAGUACAACAAAGUGAUAGAUAGAUAGAAAAUCAGUUGAAAUUCUCGAUUGAGAAUUUGAAGGAAAACUGAUUUCGAUACUACGCAGUUUCUGUAAAUUUUAAAUUCUAUCGAAAAGAUAAUAUAAGAGAAAAAAAUAUGAUAAAAUUUGUUUAAAAAGUGAUUUCAGCAAUGUGCAUUCUCAGUGAGAAAACAUUCAGUUGAACAAUGUGCCUAUAUUUUUUAUAUUCUCAAAUAUCCUGUUUUCUAUUUUCCUGUGAAAUCAACGGUUAAACGACAAUCAUCAUGGCGGACGUGCAACUGCAGAUUCUUGAAAUAUUUUCUCAAUAUGAUAAACGCAAACAAAUUCAUCGCGCACCUAAACGUCAACAAAGUGAAGGCGAGCAAAAACUCGCCAACCUCAAGGAUUCCAAACACGACAACAACUCUUCGCCACGAUGAAUUCUGAAAAUUGGGCGAGCAAGAAUUUUCCAAGAAUUUUCGUCUACCGUCAACAAAGGAAAGGACAGUAGUUCGUGCCCGUUUCGAAAUUCGUCGUUCGAUAUAAUUGUGUACGAAAAUUUUGUUUUGUACGCGUCGUUCAGUCUUAUAUCGAGCGCCGUCCUCGUAGGACGUUUCCCCGUUUCUCUCUCGCGUUCGAAUACGAGUAAAACGUGGCGUGGUAUCGUGAUAUUUCGCGAUGAAACGUAGCGUAGCUAAAUUCGCGAUUCGAUCGAGCUUUGUUCGAGCAGUGCAUCGCAACUCGCCAACCUCAUCUAUAUUCUCCUGCGAGAUGUCUUAGAGACGUCAUCUCUUGGAUGCUGUGGAGGUGGAUCUGCUAUCGGGGCCUUCAACCUUGCAAAAUUCCCUCGUAAAACAACCGAAAUCCGGUCGAUCGACGCAACAAACCCUGAAAGAAUCGAUCGGCGGAGCGAAUGAUCCGCGAGCGAAAUGGUGAUCGCGAGCGGAUCCGCCUGCGGUGGGGCGUCGAGCAAGCUUAGGAGGUCCCGAAGAUUGUCCUCGACGAGGGGUUUGAAGCGGGUGGUCGAAGAGGGGGCCGGGCGGAGCAAGGAAGUGGAGACGAGGAGGACGGCGGCGAUGAAUUGGGAGCUGAACGAGAGGAUCAGCCUGAGCAGCGGCUCGAGUCCCGGCUUGGCGGUUCGGGCGGACGCGAGGAGGGGGAUAGAGUUGAGCGGGAGCCGGAAGAAGGUUGACGCGUGGUCGUGGAGAGGGCGCGUGGAGACGGGACUGGAGCUGAUGAACGUGUCGGGGUUCCAGCAGGGGGAGCAGGACAAGAGGCGUGGCAAGGACACGCUCGAGGAGAAGAAGGGGGCCGUGAUCAAGAGCGACUCCAAGUACGAGAUAGGGGUCCCCGGCAGCGAUCCGGGGUCGUCCGGGAAGUGGAGCAAGCAGAGGAGACAGCAGGUGUCGUCCGGCGGCGGCGGGUCGUCCAAGUCGCGGAAGUCGAAGAGCGAGAAGGAGGGGGAGAAGGGGGAGAGGAAGUGGGUGGGCGGGAGAAAGAAGACGGAGAAAACGAACGACUCGAUCUCGAAGAGGUUGGAGCUGAUACACGAGCUGAAUCAGAAGAUCCUGGCCAACUACGAGCGGUUCCAGCAGAGGUCCAGGUCGAAGAACCACAGCGCGAAGGAGGGUAAAUGCGAUGGUUGGAAGAAGGAGCAGGGCAGGAGCCGCGGGUCGGGGAAGGAGGAGGAGGACGCCGAAGCGAAGCGGAAGGGUAGCAGAGGCGCGAAGCCGGCGCAAAGAUCGUGCGACCGGGACUGUUCGAGGAGGAUGGACCAAGUUUCGACCAAGAAACAGUCCGCCUCCUCGCCCUCCUCCUGCUCUUCGUCCGAGCCGAGAACGUUGCGGGAUAACGAGAACUUCAUCAUGGCGGCGAGGCCAGGCUUGUGCGGAGCUGAGGAUAAGGAGGAAGCCGAACACCGCGGGGGGGAGUGGAAAGACAGCGAUCGUCUGGGCAGCUCGAGGUUGUAUCCGGAAAGAUACGAUUCGGAGGGGAUCUCGCGCGCGGGGGACGAGGCGAAGGUCGAGCGCGGUGGAGCCCGCGACGAGGAGAGGGUUGGCGAUCGGUUGGCGAUCGAGGAGGUCCCGCGGGAUGUACGGGGCUGCGAGAGGACUGUGGAGAGGUGGUUGGACGGGGAGGGAGGGAAGAAGGAGGAGGUGGAGGAGGAAGCGGCGUGGGACGAGAAGAGGAGGAAGACCGCGACGGGGAAGAAGAAGAAGAGGAGGGAGAAAUCGGGGAGCGAAGGAGCGAUGGACAGCAGCGGCGGGUGCUCGGCGACGAGCGGCGAGGCGAUGAGCGGGCCGAAAGUGGCCAGGCUCCAAGAGACGUUUAAUUCCUCUUGGGACUCUGGCGUCGGCGUGGAUGUCGGGAACGGUGGAAGCGGUUGGGUGAGGAUACACACGGGGAUCGAGAGCAGCCUCGUCUAUCUCACUGUCGAUACCACGGCGAGAGACGUGUGCAGGGACAUGCUGUUGGGCGACGACUUGUCUCUGUUUAUACAGUAUGGAGGGGAAUCCGGAAGGAGAUUGGCUUCUGAAGAGAAACCGCUCGAGAUACAAGACCAAUUUCUCCAAAAGCUCGGAUACCAGGACGUAUCGAGACGGUCCCGGCUCGGGGUCGAUCCUGAAUUACGACACCUCAUCGCCUUCCACGUGGGACCCGCAUCCCCCUUGCCCGAGCUUCACGGAUACAGCCGUUGCGGCCACGCUUUGGUAUUGAAGGGGUUGGUUUUCCCCCAGUGGAAGAGGCGGCCACUGGCCGUCAUCGGAUCCAGGCUGUUCCUUUAUCCAGCCUGUCCUGAAUCUCGGCCAGAGUGGAUGGAACUGGCCGGUGGGGGUGCGGUGUGCUAUGCCCCGUCACGUCUGGGUAAACUCGUGCUGCGUAUCACUGGAUUUCCAAGGGUCACUCACCAGUGUCAUCAGAGUCAACAACAGGAGGACAGUCACCAUCGCGAGACAAGACACUUAUAUCUUGGCUUUCACCACCCCUGGGACAGAGACUUGUGGAAAAGUUGGAUUAAACAGGCUGUGCAAUUGUCAUCGUGCCCGAAACAGUUGGAUCUGAGCAACGGGGGCCUGUCAAGGAUCCCCGACAGCGCUAUAGCAUUUCCGGCGAUAGAAGAGCUGAUAUUGAGCCAAAACCAACUAACGAACGCGAACAACAAUCUGACAUUGUUGCACAGGUUUCCAAAACUUCGCAUCGUUCAUUUGGAGAGCAACGAGUUGAGGAGGAUACCACGAGAGUUAUUGGAGCUCACAGGAUUGACCUACCUCAAUCUCUCGGACAAUAAAAUCGAGAAAAUUCCGGCCGACAUAAGCCAGCUUAUCAACCUCAAAGAGCUAAUAUUGGAUCGUAAUGGAAUCAAAGAGCUGCCAUAUGAAUUCGUCGAGUUGAAGAACUUGAGAAACAUUUCUUUAGCUGGAAAUUGCUUCACCAGUUUGCCAUCUUUCUUCAACAUGCGUGCCCUAGCAUUAACGGACGUACUAUCAAAAACAGACUAUAAUAAAGGUUGUAAAGAUGAAAAGAAUCAAAAUAAUUUGUACAAAGUGAAUCUACGAAAUAAUCAAUUAAAAGGAAACAUCAUACUUGGAAAUUACGGUAAUUUAACGCAUCUAGACGUCAGUGAAAAUAGCAUUGAGAAAUUGGAUAUCAGUGCUCUUCAAGAAUUAAGAAGCGUUCGUUGCGCGCGAAAUAUUUUAACAGAACUGACGGUCUGCGGGAAAAAUAUUGUUUCUCUUAUUGCUGGAAACAAUAAAUUAAAAAAAUUAACUAUCGAGCCAGUGCCUGUGAAUCUUGAACAUCUAGAUGUUUCUUAUAACAAUUUAGACGCACUUCCGGAAUGGAUACCAGAUCUGCCUUUGUUGCGCGCACUUUUUGCGUCUCACAACGCUUUAACAGCCCUUCCAGACAGAUUACUAACGCAGCCGUCGAGACUGGAAGUUCUUCACUUACCCCAUAAUAGACUGCAAGCUCUUCCGCCACCUAGGAAACCACUAAACAUCGUUCAUUUGACGCUGCAAGACAAUGCACUGACAGCAUUACCAACGAGUUUCUUCAUCAAUACGGAAAAGAUGAAAGUGUUAAAUCUUUCCAACAAUCGAUUGUCAGAACUUCCACACUUUGGAGAAGGAAAUAAAAAUCGACAUAACAAUCACAGCUUGGAGAAAUUAUAUCUCACUGCGAAUUGUUUAACAGACACUGCUUUGGAUGCUCUUGUAAAAUUUACAUCUUUAAGAGUUCUUCAUAUAGCUUACAAUACUUUAGACACGCUUUCAGAAAGUUGUAUAGCUUCAUGGAAAGAUCUAGAAGAAUUAAUAUUAUCUGGAAAUCGUCUUCAAUAUUUGCCAGAUAAUGUGGCCAAUUUACGACAUUUACGUGUAUUGCGUGUCCAUUCUAAUCGACUCUUGACUUGUCCAACAUUUAAUAAAACAGCAUCGUUAAAAGUAUUGGAUUUAGCUCAUAAUCAAUUAGAUAGAGUAAAUUUAGCUACUCUGGUGCCACCGCAACUUCAAUUUCUCGACAUAUCUUGCAAUUCAAGACUUCACGUAGAUCCUAGACAAUUCCAGGUAUACCGGUCUCAACGACCAAUAUCAUUGGUCGAUGUAUCUGGACAGAAUAGACCAAGUCUGCCUUCGCAUCCCCAUCAGCAAGAAAUUGUUUCCUCGGAAAAAGGUUCGGAACAACCUUGGAGAUUAGGAUUUUCAGAAACAGCAGGAUGUAGAGAAAGAUUGUAUGUAUCCCAAGUUCGGAUGCCAUCCUUUUGUAACGUAGAAGGCCUAUUUGGUAUAUUCGAUGGCGGUUCGAACCAAGAAGCACCGAGCGCACUCCAGGAAAUGAUUCCGCGUCUUUUACUAGAGGAGAGAACCGUUCGAGAGACGUCAAAGGAAUACUUAAAAUAUACGUUACUAUCUGCCCAUAGAGAGUUAAAAGAUAAGGGUCAGAAAUAUGGAAUCGAUGCAACUCUCGUGCAUAUUGUUAAAAUACAAUUGCAACAAGGAUAUCCGAAAACACCAACGAAAUAUUCGUUAAAGGUAGCCACUUCUGGAGACGCAAAAGCAGUUCUUUGCAGAGCAGCUGGUCCAUUAAUUUUGGCUCCACCUAAGAAGCUAUCUAUGAAGAAUCAAUUAGGAAACGCAGCUAUGUUUCCUCUUGUUGUUCCCGAUCCUACAUUCGAAGAAGUAGAUUUAGAGGAUGACGAUGAAUUUAUUAUAAUUGGUAAUAAAAAAUUAUGGGAGGUAUUAAGCAUUCAGGAAGCCGUUCGAGAAGCCAGAGCAGAAGCCAGUCCUGUUUUAGCCGCUAAAAGGCUUCAAGAUUUGGCACAAGCUUAUGGAGCAGAGGAUAAUCUGAGCAUUGUAGUUGUACGACUAACGGGACCUAAUCAGGGUGAUUUAGAUCAGUUGAUGAGGGAAUUGAGACAUGCUGUUGGAAAGAAUAGAGGUCAAACUGAGACAAGUUGUCCUUGUCCUUGUUGCAUGCCUCCGGCAGCUCAUAAACCACCGGGACCUUGCUGUUGUCACGCGAACGAAGGCUAUUAUUUGAAUGGCGUGUUAAAAAGCAUAGUGAAUAGGUCAAACAAAGCUCACAAUGGAUCCGGUAGAUAUUUUAAAAACCGUCGACCAACACAAGAAAAUGAAAGUCCUCCAUACAAAGAUGAUAGAAGUUCACCAAGUGGUCAAUCAGACCAAGCUAGUGAUAGUACUUUGAAAUCGAGAUAUCCUUCUGGUAGAGUUUGGUCUGGAAGUGCCGCUUCUAGAGCCACGAACAAAGCUCGUCAAAGUGUUCUUGUGAAUGAAAACAGUACAAGAAAGAUAUCAACUACUUUGACGGCUCAAGAAGACACUAUAUCCGAGAGAUCUGGCGCUUUGAGCGAAGAGCAAUUUCGUUGCUGGGAAUAUAUGCUGGAGCAAAAUACUCAGCUCUUGUUCGACAAGGAAUUAGAUACUUUAACGAAGACUCCACUACGACGAGGUCAAUCGAGAUCCACGCCUCAAUUAGCUGGUAAUUUGCCUUUUCUAUCGAAGAGGUUUGGAAGUGCCAGAUCCUUUAAUCCUUCUCUACCAAGACCACCCAUUGUUCGAUUCGGUAGCGGAAGAAGAUUACUUAACGGAGGUCCAAAUGCGGCUUAUUUUGGCAGCUUACAGAGGUUGAUGCCGUAUAAUCUUGAGUAUGAUUUUGCCGUAAUUCAAGAAAGAAACGGGUUAGACUCAUUAGAGCAAGACGCAACGAGAAUGCAACAAUAUUGGGGAGUGGCUACGACUGAAUUAUAAUUCACAAGUUAUAUAAAAUUAUGAUAUUGAAAGAUAUAUGCAUUAUUGUUAUUUAUAACAGAUGUGAAAUAUUAAAAAUUGAACUCAUACUUUAAAUAGAAAAACAUAAAAAGUGGCAAUAAAAUGUUGUAAAUCGAUAAAACACGAGAUGUUGAGCUUUAAAUGAUUGCAGCAAUCUGAGAAUUAUUUAUUUGAAAAAGGUAUCUCGAUAGAAAUUAUAGCAUUUAUUUUGUUUUUCGCGAAAGAAUUUCAUCGUAAAGAUAUCGAAAAAAUACUAAUAAAAUAAUGAUUUUAAAUAUAUUAUUUCAAAUGUAUUAUAUAUUAAUGCAUUUUAAGAAUUUUAUAGAAAAAUUUAUUAUUUUUCUUUAUUCUUAAAACAAAACUUAUUUAAUUAAUUUUUUCGCAAAAAAAAAUUAUUAUUCAGAUUUUUAUUAUCCUUACAUACUGGAUAUAUAUUUAAUAUGGAUCAUUAUGUUGUUAAAAUAAUUAUUGAAGUCAUUUACAUUCUAAACUUAUACGAAUUAUUAUCGAAGAUGCAUAUUGAAACAAUAUCUUUUUAUAUUUAUUUGUUGAGCAGAAAAAUAAAAAAUGUUCGUAAUUAUAUAAUUUUGCCAAAUAUAAACUAAUAAAUUAUAUUAAAUUAUAUAUUUUUCUAAAUGUUGCAUAAAUAUAAAAUCAAAUUUAUGAGUAUGCUUUUUUAAAACAUAUAAAUAUAUAAAAAGAAAUAUAAAUAAAUAUAAAAUAUGAAAUAUCAUUAUAAAUUGUAAAUAUGGAUUUAAAAACAAAAAAAAAUUGAAUAAGAACAUAGUAAAGUAUAUUUAAAUGUUGUAUAUAUGUAUGUAUAUAAGUAUUGUAUUUUAAGUAUGUAUUAUAUUUUGAAGUUUACGUGAAGUAAAUGUAAACAUAAAUUUUCAGUUGAAACGACUGAUUAAGAUAAGUUAUCAUGAAAGACUAGAAAGCUAAACAUUUAGCUUUAAGAUAUAUGUUUCUACUCAAGCAACAAAUAAGAUCUCAUUAUUUGUACAAAGUAUACAUAUUACAAUGAAUUUUAGAAAUCCAUCGAAAAUAAUUUUGAAAUUAUUUUUCAAAUAUUAAAUUCUUUUAUUCUCGUUUUAAAUGAACAUUCUGUGAUUUAUUUUUCAUUUCUAUAAAUUAAUAUAUAUAUAUAUGAAUAAGAAAAGUUAUGUAUUAUAUAAAAAUAGAAUUUUAAUUCUGAUUUGUAAAAAUUAUUCAAUCUCCUAUAACAUUUAUAAUCAAGAAUAUUUUUAUAUUGAUUAUAAAAUAUAAUGACUAUUGUACCUGAAGCUAUCAAAUAAAUGACAAAACAACAGAUAUUUAUUAUAUCAAAAUAA